CCAGCUGAGCAGAGCCGGACUGUUUACUCUGCCUGAGCAGAGUCAACUGUCAGACAGCGGUGUGCUGUGGAGCCUCCAGCCGGUGCUUUCAAUAUGUCAGGCAGCUGAUAGCAGAUAGAGGAGCAGCCAGACCCAUGAACAAGAUUUGGGUGUGAACAACUUGGGACACCAUGUCUCUCCUGCUGAUGUCCUUCCUUCUCAUUUGUCUGCUCGGGAUUGUCUUAUUAUGUGUCGUUUUCAGGUGGCUCAUGUGCACCUUGGCUGUGCGAUUCUUCCAGACCGCACUGAACGCUGAUCUCAAGAUCAAAUCAGUAGGGCUGUUUUCUGUCCAAGGAGUUAGUAUCCAGUUUCACCCCCAGCAUACUCUGGAAAUUGACAGAAUAUGGAUUUCAAGUAAACUUCUAAACCAAGAUUUACCGAGAUACUUGGCGUUGUGUGUUGGGGAAACCAGAGUUAGGUUUGACUUGCAGGCGCCAGUCAGACCGUUAGAUAAGAAGAGCCAUGGGAAGAAGUCAGGGAAGAUCUCAGUCAGCCCGACAACGCUACGCCUUCUGUCACAACUGCUGUCAUUCCAUAUCAGCUCCAUCAAUGUGAUGGUGCUGAACAUAGCGCUGUCGGAGUCUCUAUGGCACAUGACUCUCACAGGAAUCACCUUGUUACUUGACCACCAAAGUAAAAGGUUGGCGUGGGACUUCUCAGUCUCACAGCUUAGCAGCAAAGUGCUUAAAAGCAGUCAGUUGGACAUAUGUUUGGCUGAAGUGGCCCUGAGCCUGCUGCUGUCUGGAGAUGUGAGCCUACCAGAGAUGAAGCCAGGUUGUUUGUCACUGAGUGUGAGGACACUGAUAGCAGAGCUGCAUGAGGGUCUGUUCCUCAGCCAAGUCCUGCUGCCCCCCGUCUCCUAUGAAGAGCAAGAUCGUGAUGCAUCUGAGUGUGAAAACAAUGAUUUCAUCAAGACCGAGGCUGUGGAGCGCUUUCAUCGGCUGAUUCCCCACAAGGUCAAUGUGGAAUUUGAUAACACUAACGUAACCCUGUCCAUGCACAGCCAGAAACGACACCUGAACUGGACUCUGAAGUCUUUAAAGCUCUGCUAUGGACGUGACAGUGAGCAGCUUCCUCUUAGAAGCUUCACUCCGGAGCUGAGCUUUCCCCAGAGCAGCCUGGAGCUCCUUCUCGAGGAUGGACUUCUUCUUUCUCAAAGUAGGCAAAGAAUCCUUUGUGUGAACACUCUCAAGACAACCCUGCAGGUUACAUCAAUCGACAUCUCAGGGUCAUUCAUUAUCAACACUUGCAUCAUUCACUACCGUCACCAGGAGUUCUCCCAUUGGCUGAAUCUAUUUCCAUGGGAACAGCUAGUCCGGGGGAAGGGAGGACACAGAAAAAGGCGUCUCCCUCACUUGGAUGCCCCUGUGAUGAUCACCUCCUCUGUGUCAAAUGUCAAUGUGUCUGUUCAGCUGGGAGACACCACGCCCUUUGCUCUCGGCUUCCUCUCUGCUAAUGCGGAACUCCAGCAUCUCCUUGACAUUAAAGUUGACAAAGAGAGCCCAGAGUCCCAGAAUGUGCACAGGCGUGCCUCUUUGUCCCUGGACAACUUCUGGUGGAGAGUGGGUCAGGGGUCUCACAUCCAACAGGCGCCCCACCCUCCUGGUAAACAUGUGUGGGGAGAAGCGCUAAUUCUAGACUCCCUCAGUCUUCAGGGGAGUUUGAAUCGACCCCAGGUGGAGUCGAGUAGCCAGCCUCUGAGUCUGAGCGUGGAGUCCAGUCUAAAAGGCCUUCAAGUGGAGCUGUCAGAGACCUGUGCACUGUGUCUGUCUCGCCUGCUGUCCCUCAUGUGUGUCACUCAUGACACAGAGCCGCAACCGUCUGAUGUGGCUGCAGUUUCUCCCUCGAGUGAUGGUACUGUCCAUCCCAUCGCCUCCCCACAACUUCACCUGCUUUUUAAACUGGACUGCGGUCUGGAGGAUGUUAAUGUGUUCACAGUGUCAAAUGUGGCAGGAGCUGUGUCUUUGCGGAUGGACACUCUCAGAGUCCUGAGCUCUGCUGAGAGCUCCAGGGUGUCUCUGCAGGGGGUGAGCUUGUCUGUGGUUAAGUCUCUCACAGAGAACAUGGAAACAUGCUGCCCUGCCUCCCAAACCCUCAACCCUGUAAUCAAACUCACCACAAUAACUGUCUGGUACCAAAUCACCACCCACACCUUACAGGUUCAAUGUGAAGAGGAGCUCACUGUAGAAUGGACGCCACCAGACCACAUGGUCUUAUAUCAGCACAUGACUGAAGCUCAGGCCUGUUGGUGCAUGCUCAGUGGAGAGAAAGGUGAAGACAAGCCAGCCACGCCUACAGACAGUGAAGCUGUGUCAAGUCAGAGUAGAGUUCUGUGUGUACGCGUUGAACUGGGCUGUACUCGUUUAACAGCGCAUGUGAGUGAGCAGAACUAUAUUCUACUGCACACGGAUUCCCUCUCGGUCUCAAAGCAUGCUGGUUCCAUGCACAUGCGCUCCCCUUCGCUGAUCUUCAACUUCGACGGCAACAACAUCGUGUCCUUUAAUGGCCUGGAUGUGGAGAUGCACGCUGAGCUGACUGAGAUGCAGUUGCACAGAGACACUUUCCCCUUCCUCACCACUCCUCACAACAGAGUCUGGGUCCUCACUUGCCCUUCCAUGGCGGUCGAAUUCCCCUACCAGUACAAUUUCUCAAACACCUUUGACAUGGCCAUCAGUGUACAGAAGUGGCUGAAGACUCUCCAUCGCUCCCCAAACCAGGCCUCGACCAUUCAGCGCCUGCCUCCUGAUCUUGUGUUCAAAAUCAGCCAGUUCUCGUUUGUCUUCCUGGACGACAUCUUUGAAAUCAAGCUGCGAGACAAUUAUGAGCUGAUGAAGGACGAGAGCAAAGAAAGCGCGAAGCGUCUGCAGCUUCUGGAUAAGAAGGUGGCCGAUCUGCGCAAGCAGCACGGAGAACUUCUGCCUGCCAGAAAGAUAGAAGAGCUGUAUAGUUCACUGGAGAAAAAGCACAUAGAGAUCUACAUCCAGCGCUCACGCCGCCUCUAUGCAAACACACCCAUGAGGAAGUCCCUGCUGACCUGGACUGUGUCAGACUUGGAGCUAGUAGCCCUGGCUGAUCAGUCUCUUCAUGGGCCAGAGAAGGUGAGAGAGCAGCUGAGGGACAUCGACAGGAUCAGCCCCUUCCCCAGAGAUGGACUCCCUCUGGUGGUCCAGUGGUGCAGAGCAGUCAAGUUUAAACUAGCUGCUUUUCUGGUGAGAAUUCGGGACUACCCUCGCUACCUGUUUGAGAUCCGGGACUGGGAGCUGUCGGGGCGUCUGAUUGGAACAGAGCAGGACGGACAAGCACGAGCUCGCCGCAAAGAGAUUGUCCCACUAGGUCCACCUUGGGGAGAUGUAACAGUCCACAGGAAUAUGCCACCACUUAAGUUCUACUAUGAUUUCAAAUCCAACAUCUCUCUGUACACUAUUGUGUGGGGGCCGUGUUGGGACCCCGCCUGGACUUUGAUUGGACAGUCGGUUGACCUGCUCACCAAACCCACAGUUGAUCCCUCACCACCUCUGGCCUGGUGGGACAAAAGUCGUCUCCUUCUGCAUGGGCGCUGGGUCAUGGACAUUGACCAAGCCAAUCUGCAUCAGCUAGCUACAGAGGAUCCCUAUAAUACUACAGAAAACUUACACUGGGAAUGGAACAAGCUCAACUUUGACUGGAUCCCCGGGAAGUUUGAGUUUAAAGGGGAUUUGGAUGUAAAUGUUAGGACAGCAUCGAAGUAUGAUGAUAUCUGUUUUCUGCACCUGCCCAACCUGUGUAUGACCCUUGAACUCCAGUGGCUUUGCCAUGGCAACCCCCAUGACCACCAUGCUGUAAUGCUCUGCUGUGCAGAGAACAUUGCAGAUGUGACCUCAGGACAACCACAUGACUCCUACAGAGCCUUUCGCUCUGAGAACCUCAACCUCUCCAUCACCAUGGACCUUAACCAGCAUUGUGGCACAGAACUUCCCCAGCCCAGAAUCCUGCUGUAUAGCAGCACAUUGCGCUGGAUGCAGAACUUCUGGGCCACCUGGACGAGUGUAUCUCGACCAAUCUGCAGAGGUAAGCUCUUCCACAGCCUCAGGCCGGUUCGCAAGAAGCUUGGUCAGCAUUACAAACAGAUGUCGUACACAGCUGCCUUCCCACAACUACAAGUGCAUUACUGGGCCUCCUUCGCCCAGCAGAGAGGUAUUCAAGUGGAGUGCAACAAAGGCCAUGUUUUCACUCGAGGAGCACAGAGACUUAUUCCACAGGCUGGCACUGUGAUGAGGAGGCUGAUCUCUGAAUGGAAUGUGACUCAGAUGGUCAGCGAGCUCUCUCAGGUGACGGUUCACCUGAUGGCCUCCACCUGGGAUGAGACAGCUGACCACCAGAUCAACGCUCAGGUGAAGAAGACUCACCUGCUCAGCCUGUCGUCCCUCAGCUACCAGCGACAGAGCAACCGCAUGGAGGAGGAGGUGAACCAGAAGGAUGAAACUAAUGCCUCGUACACUCACAAACUGUGCCUGGUGGACCUGCGUGCCUCCUGGACCACCACGAACAGAAAUAUAGCCUUUGGGCUGUAUGACGGUUACAAAAAGGCGUCUGUACUGAAGAGAAAUCUCUCCACUGAAGCUCUGAAGGGUCUGAGGAUCGACACACAGCUGCAGACCAAGAAGCUCAAGCGCUCUCCCUCCAACUACUCUCCUACCACAGCUCCCACCACUCCAGUAACGCCCACUCUCAGUCGAUUAGAAAAAAGUCAAAAUGAAGGGACAUCGAUGCUGCAGAAGCUGAUUGAGGAAACAGACAAGUUUGUGGUGUUUUCAGAGGAAGACUCGGGUGUUAGCGACCAGCUGUGUGGCAUCGCAGCCUGCCAGACCGAUGAUGUAUAUAACCGCAACUGGUUUAUUGAGUUGGUCAACUGUCAGAUGAUGUUGCGUGGAACAGAGACAGCAGGUUGUGUGCUGGUGUCUGCAGCAAAGGCUCAGCUGUUGCAGUGUGAGCACCACCCUGCCUGGUACAACGACACCCUGAAGCAGAAGACCACCUGGACCUGUGUGCUGGAUGGUAUGCAGUACUUUGCCACCAUGGAACCCAACCCGUCUGAGCAAGAGGACAGGCAGCUUUGGCUGGAGGUGAAAAACAUCGAGGAGCAUCGGCAGCGUAACCUGGACUCAGUGCUGGAGCUGAUGGAGAGUGGUCAGGCGGUGGGAGGGAUGGUUAGCACCACUACAGACUGGAACCAGCCUGCGCAGGUGAACGAGGCUCAGCAGGUUCAGCGAAUCAUCUCACGCUGUAACUGCCGGAUGCACUACAUCAGUUACAGUCACGACAUCAACCCAGAACUGGCCACACAGAUCAAACCACCUGAGCUGAGGAACAGCCACGAGAAAGAGGACCUGCUGAAAAAACAAGCUGGGGCUGUGGACACUUUCACUCUCAUUCACCACGACCUUGAGAUAUCCACUAACCCCGUUCAGUAUGCUAUGAUCCUGGACAUUGUCAACAACCUGCUAUUACACGUGGAGCCCAGACGCAAGGAGCACAGUGAGAAGAAGCAGCGAGUGCGUUUCCAGCUGGAAAUUUCCAGUAACCCCGAGGAGCAGCGCAGCAGCAUCUUGCAUCUGCAGGAGGCUGUCAGGCAGCACCUCGCUCAGAUCAGGCGCCUCGAGAAGCAAAUUUACUCCAACAUCAGGGCACAGACCGAAGAUCUGAGCGGCGAUGAGCUGACGGAGAUCAACGUGCGAUUGCAGAACCAGCUGAACCAGGAGAAGAACGACAUGCAGAUGAAGAGUGAAGAGCUCAACAUUCUCAUCAGAUGUUUUAAGGAUUUCCAGCUGCAACGGGCAAACAAGCUGGAGCUGCGCAAGCCCCCAGAGGACGUGAGCGUGGUGAGGAGAACGGAGAUCUAUUUCGCACAGGCUCGCUGGUGUUUGACCGAAGAGGACGGGCAGCUGGGUAUCGCUGAGCUGGAGCUGCAGAGAUUUAUGUACAGUAAGCUGAACAAGUCUGAUGACACAGCAGAGCAUCUUUUGGAGCUCGGGUGGUUCACAAUGAACAACCUGCUGCCGAAUGCUGCCUACAAGGUUGUACUUCGGCCUCAGAGUGCCUGCCAGUCUGGACGCCAGUUUGCUUUGCGUAUUUUCAGCAAAGUGCGCCCCCCUGUGGGAGGAAUCUCUGUGAAGGAGCACUUUGAGGUGAAUGUGGUGCCUCUCACCAUCCAGCUCAUGUACCAGUUCUUCAAGCGAAUGAUGGGAUUUUUCUUCCCGGGAAGAAAUGUUGAAGAGGAGGAGGUCACGGAUGAGGAAGACAAGUUUAGAUUGGUUACUACUGGUAUCCCUGUCAAGCCUCGGCCGCUGUCAGAGGACACCAUGGGUGCGAUGGGCCCCAGCAAAGGUGUCGCCCAGGGACUGAACCGCACUGCCGGGGUCAGGAGGUCGUUCAGGAAACCUCCGGAGCAUCCUGUUGAUGACAUUGAUAAGAUGAAGGAGCGAGCGGCUAUGAACAACUCCUUCAUCUACAUCAAGAUUCCCCAAGUGCCCCUGUGUGUCAGCUAUAAGGGAGAGAAGAGCAGUGUGGACUGGAAGGACCUGAACCUGGUCCUGCCUUGUUUGGAAUAUCACAACAACACUUGGACGUGGCUCGACUUUGCCAUGGCUGUGAAAAGGGACAGCCGGAAAGCACUUGUGGCGCAGAUGAUAAAGGAGAAGCUGCGUCUGAAGCCAGCGUCGGGCUCAGACCUGCGGGGGGGGAAGGCGUCUGAAGGGAAGUCGGACAACAGCCUGCAGCAGCAGGAGGAAGAUGAGAAGGCCCGACUCCUCAUCGGCCUCAGCUCCGCAGACAAGAGCUCCAGCAAGAAGAGUAUCUUUAGUCGACGCAAGUGAAGCACCAAACACUCACACGGGAGCCACUGGAUGACCGUCCACGGGCGUGGUGGGGGUCAAAAUAUCACUCCAGCUUUGAGAAUCACAAUGACAAAGGGAGGUGGUGGAGCAUUUCAAGUAGUUUUAGGGGAGGGGGUAACUUACUAUAUCACACGAGCCUGCUGAACUUGUUUCUGAAAAGUCACUCCUGGUGCGUCUCAGAUUUGAAUCCCUCCAGGGAACUCAAACAGCUCCAGGACUUACCAGGGUGCCACUUUGACCAAAUAUAUCUUUAUCCUGUUUAUUUGUGUGUCAUUAAAAAUUUCAGUCUGCAUUUCAUAAACUUUGCAACUUUUGGGAAUAACGACCACUGAGGUUGCAUUGAAUGUAGCGAGGAAGCUUUGCAGUAUGUAGCGAGCACGUCACUGUUACUGCUUCCUCUGCUUCUGCAAAUGCGAGACUUGAGAUUUACUUUUCCUGCUGGCUCGGGAACACUCUGUCACACAGUCUGCUAGAAUAAACAGGACCCAAUCGGAAGCACCUUCGAUGCCGUCAGCUGUAAAGAAAUUAGAUUGUGAAAGUAAAUAUAUCAGAAUAUGUUUUAUCAAAUAAAGCUUAAAAGAAAGCGAUCAAGGCUGCAUGACUGUCUCUGACAGGAAGGCCUUUGAUGCUGUUUUAUAUUUCACUCAGCUCACUGUUUUACUGUACCUCACCUCAGUGCAAUAUAUCAAAAACAGAGCAGCAAAAACAUGUUUAUGUGUUGUCAACAAAAAAAUAAAUGUGGCACUUGGUUUGAUGGUAAUGUGGCAAAACAAACAAAAAAUCAGCUAAUGGCAGAGUUUUGUAAUUUUAACACUAAAGCACUUUUUAUGCAAAGUAUUUUGAUAUUUUUGUAACCACACUUGUGUUCCUGUUGGACUCCUUGUAUAACUGUGCUGCUACAGCCUGGGUCACAUUUCUAUUAAAGGAAAAGAAAAGAAAAAAAGCCCUGAUCGUUUCAAUUAAGAGCAUCAUAUCUCCGCAGCACAUUUCUAUCAGCUCUGUGGCUUUCUCGUUGAUCUGUCAAUAAAAUAAAAAAACAAAAAGUGUUCUA